UGAGAAGGAAAAAACCAAAGGGGAAAACUCACUGAACGAGGUAUUACGUGUUAUGACCGAAAAAUUGAAUGAGGCAAACACAAAUCUCAACAAUUCCAAAGCAAUGUGUGAGAAAGAACGACAAACAAUGGUCGAAUUGAAAAAACAACAUAGCAUCGAAAUGGAGACAGCGAUUAAAAACUUAAAAAACGAACAUAAAGAAGAAAUUAAGAAAAUCGAUGCCAAAUUACAGGAUGCCAUCACGGAGAAAAAAACAAUGGAAACACAAUUAGCAGCUAAAUACCGUGAUAUUGUGGCUGGAAUCAAACAGAAAGCCGAUACCGAACGGAAGGAACGGAUAUCAUGCGCAUGCUGCGGUAAACAACUCGAAGCCAAACGAGUUUGCAGCAAAGAAUGCGAAGAAAUGUGGGGAGUUUGGCGAAACUAGAAGAUUUUCACGGAAAAAGGAAAUCAUGUUCGAAUAAAUGGAAAAUUUUGCCAAUUUUGUCCCCAACAAAUGUUAUUAAAUGAUUGUCAUUGAAUUCGACUUGUAUUCAACACUAGGUUUUAUCACAGCAACAAUUUAAUAUUGUAAAAUUGAUAUUUUCUUUUUCAUUCAGGGGGCGGUAUAAAAUCGAUAUUUGAAUGAAAUUAUUCAUGUGUGCUACUAAGCACCGCUUUAUAUCAAACACAAAUCUAGAGUAUUAGAAAAU